AUGAAAAGCGGAAGUUCCUAUUAGCAGCAAUAAUUUAAAUCUCCUUUGGGCUCGUUUUACAACCAGCAUCAAUAACUGCAGGAUAGUAAUGGGAAAUAUCUUCCCAUUUAUGAGCAAGAUGAAGAAUCAUCAAUAUACUAGUGUAUAAUUUUAUUCAAUAACUUGAUAGUGUCAAAAAAUACGAUAGAAGAACCUAAUAUUGAUGAUGAAUACCAAGAGUUUUACAGAUCUGAAGACAUUGAGAGCAUAUAGCAGCUGCAAUAAAGAGAACUUAUCUCAUAGAGAAAGUAUACAUUAAGUGUUAAUAGAUUUAGAAAGGGAAAUCCUAAAAUAUUUUAAAAGCUUUAUGAUUAAGCGCUUCAUUAAUAGUAAAAGCAGAAGCUUUUAAUGAGUUCAGAUAUUAGCUAAAGCUAAGAGAGCGGCUAUUUGAAUCAGAGUGAUGAAAUUGAGCUUGCUAAGUAAAAGAAAAGGGCUGACUCCCACAAGACUAGAUAUGUGUUUGAUUCGCUUUAUUAAGACUUCUAUAUAAAGAGAUAAGAGCAUGAAAUGAAAAGAAAGCUAUAAGAAGACGAAAGAGUUUUAAGAGCAAGUUCAAAAGGCAAAUAGAAUUCUAAAAGUGUGCAGAUUAACAAUCAUAGAGCAAUGAAAGACAUAAAAGGCUUGAUUAUGCUGUUCAAAGGUGAUAAUAAUACUAUUGGAAUUAGAGAUUUGUCUAGAAUUCUAUUUCAUUUGAGCACUUUUAAUCAUAGUCCUCAAGAGAGAUAGAACAUAAUUGGAGGAAUGCCUCCCAGUAGAAUGAAACUGGAAAUUAGAUUUGAGGAGGAGCUUUGGUUUUAGUUCUGCCUUUCAUUAAAGGAAAGACUUCCAAUAGUAAUUGCUCUGGAAAUACUCAAGAUCUUUUACACAAAGAACUCUGAACAAAUUUUAUCUCAUAAGGUAUAAGAACUAUAAGGGCUGAUUGAGUACAACUAAUAGAUUAAUCUAAAGGAAAGAUAAAAGCAACUGAUAUAGAAAGCAUUCGAUCCAUUAUUUCUAAAGUAUAAGCAAGUCACACCUAAAGAAAUCAUAAACGAUUUUCUCUAGCUCAAUUUCGCUCUUGGAACAUAUAAAAUAAGGGAUCUUUAUUCUAAGAAGCAAGUCAGUGAAAUGAGAUAGAGAAUAAAUGAAGUUAAUCACAGGUAAGAUAGAUUUUCUUAGUUAAAAGAAUGGACCAACUCCAAACUGCUUAGAAGACUCUCAACAUCCUCUAGAAAGAGCCAUUCAAGCAAAUCUUUGACCAAUAUCUUCAAUAAAUUUGGACAAAUCAAUAGGCCAUAAAUCUAGCAAACUUAGCCAUUUGAUUAAAAGCCAAUCUUUGAUCUUUAGGAUUUAGAUUCGAAUCAAAAUAGCAAGCAAAAUAUAUACGAUGAUGAUUAUGUUUAAGAGACCAUAGAAGAUGAGGGUGAAAAUAACAAUAAAUAUCAGAACCUAAACUUAUUCAGUGAGUCUAAUAAAAUAGAUCUCAAGACCAUAAAUAAUUUGAAGCUAAAUAAAAGAAGAACCAAGGAUUUCUAUGAGGAAAAUCGUAAGAAGCCAGCAUUAUUCACAAUAAGCAGUGCUUUGUUAAAUAAUUAGAACCUAAAGGAGACUCAAAUAAUGAACUCAAAUUCUUUUGCACAGACUCACUCCUCCAGAUCAAACAGCAAAAGUAAGAGAAAUCAUAGCAAUCAAAGGAUCAAUAAGCAGGACUAAGCCAGUAUACCUCUAAAGCAUAUAUCAAUCACCUCAUCUUAAAGAUAAAAAUGGAGUAGAGGGGGGAGUAUAUCUAACGCCAUAGACAUUGAAAGCGAAAUAGGGGUUGAAUAAAGCGUAAGCACUCAGAGAUAUCAGAUUAAAGAUAGCAUUCAGCUGAGAAGGUUACAUGACAGUGUUGAGAGGGAAAAUUCUAUUAAGAGACCAUUAUCCUUCACAACUCCAGACUAAUUAAGUUUCCACUAGCACAUGACAAGUUUUGACAAGUCUGACUUUAGAAAUGGCACCAAUAUAUUCUAGAACAGUGAGGUCAAAUAAUUUGAAAUGGAUAAUGAGACAUAAUUUCUAAGAUAAUAAAGUGAAGUGCCUCCCAGGCCAAAUAGACAUAGACAGUUUAACUAUUAAGAAGACUCUGAUGAGAUAUUAUUCUACUUUGAUUUGCAAAUUGAUAAGCAUAGAGUAAAGCAGAUAGCAGUGAGGAGAUAUGAUUCACCUUAGUAGAUAAUAAAUGAUUAUUGCAAGGAUGAAAAACACGUAAAUUACUAGGCACUCAAAAAAUUAGAAGAGUUUCUUACCAUUAAAAUCAGAGAGCAUACAAAGGGCUAAAAUAUAUCUCUGCAAUAAUACAUGUGA